GUUUCAACCCCCUACCGCCCCCUCUCGUCCGACGCCCCCGCUCAACACCAAACCUUACUUUACGUUACUUACUUCUCGUGUGCAGUGUGCAGUCAAGUCGACGGUGUGCCGUUUCAGGCCCUAAGUAAUUUUCUCUCCUCUGUUGGUUGCAUAUUCUUUGCAAUGAGUCACACAAUUCUACUUGUCCAACCUGGACAAAAGCCGGAGACAAGGACCUACUCUGAUUAUGAGUCAGUUAAUGAAUGUAUGGAAGGGGUUUGCAAGAUUUAUGAAGAACAUUUGAAGAGGCAAAACCCUGACACCCCCUGUAUUACCUACGACAUUAGUCAACUUUUUGAUUUUGUUGAUCAGUUGGCAGAUCUCUCGUGUCUUGUAUAUCAGAAGAGCACUAAUACUUAUGCACCAUACAAUAAGGACUGGAUCAAAGAAAAGAUUUAUGUAUUACUCCGCAGACAGGCUGCAAGUUCCAAUAACUAAACUCUCCUUCCAUUUCAAUGGGAGACAUCAAGAAAAAUUGGUCUCUUUUGUCCUAAUUGUACAAUUAAGUGUGUAAUCUUAAGCUAAGAAUACAAGUCAUUCAACCAUUCUCAUUUUGCAACCACUUCAUCCCUUUGCAAUGUUAAUGCGCACUGGCAUUCUAAUUGGUGGAAUUGUUGAGCAUGAAAGUGAAGAGCUGAGUCAGAUAUUUGCUGUCUGCUAAUUUUCAGAUGAGUUUUUAGUCAAGACUUGCUUUGGAUCAGGUUGAAUUGUUUAAUUUGCCGUUUUACGUAUUUUUUGUUAGUCUUAAUACUGCCCAAGUAUUAAAUUUACUGAGGUUUUGAAGUGUACCUUUUUUUUUAUGUUGUAACUGAGUGAGUUUUUGAUUCUCCUAUAUUUCUAAAGUCUAAUUUAACAGAAUGUUGGAUUGUGAGACCUUUCAUUUGCACCGAGGUUCAAAUUAAGGUAUCAAUUGAUAUGUGCUGUUUUCUCAGCAAGUUAUCAAAGUAGAUUAUUUCAAAUGUGUUUUGUAUUGAUUUGUUUUUUAACUAAAUGAGAAACUGUGGAAAGUCAUAAACACAAUUUGUAAUUUGA